AUCUAGCGAAGCACACAGCAUCGCAAACGUGUACCAUUCGUGAGAACACAAGUUUUAACUUAAUUUAAUUUAAUUAAAAAUUUAAUUAUUUAAAUUUUACUCGAUUGCCUUUUUUUGUAAACUUUUUUGCCCGCUGAUAAAAUCAUUGUGAGUUAAAGAUAAGGAGGGAAACAAAUAGGCGGAAAAUAUGGAUGAUUUGGACGAAAUGGGAACAACAGUGGAACUUUAUGUUUACGAUUUAACAAAAGGAGCUGCAGCACUCAUGUCUCAACUUUUAAUAGGUCAACAUAUAGAUGGAAUUUGGCACACAGCAAUAGUUGCAUAUGGUCGGGAAUAUUUUUUUGGACCUAGUGGAAUACAAAGUGUUAGACCCGGUGGUACGGAACUUGAAGAUCCACAAAAAGUCGAAAAAGUUGGUGAAACAUAUCUUCCGUAUUCUGUAUUUCUGGAAUAUAUCAACGGUUUAGGAACGUCAAAUUUUGCACCAGGCACUUAUCAUAUAUUUAAACAUAACUGUAAUUCUUUCACGGACGAGGUGAGCAAUUUUUUGGUGGGCACUGGCAUUCCGAAGUAUAUUUUGGAUCUUCCAGAAGCCAUCUUACAAACACCCAUUGGACAAACUUUGGGACCCUUAAUAGGCGCUUUGAGCAGUGGUGCAAGUGCUGGUUUUACAGUUGGUCAAAGAUUCGUUGAACCGAGAUUUCAAAGAGAGCCUUCUCCAGAGUAUCAACUUUUAAAUACGGCUAUCGAAGAAGCCAGAUUAAACUCAAUUGCCUUGGAAGAAAAGAGGAACGUAAUAAACGAGAAGCUUGCAAAAAAGGAGCGAAAGAAGAAAAAGAAGAAGAAGGAAAAGAAGGAAAAAGGAAGCAGAGAAAGUGGUAGUGAAAGCAACAGUACAGGACCAAGCAACUGUUGCACAAGCAUGGCAGAUAGUGAGGCAAGUGCAAUGAGUGAGGUACAACCUCGAAAUGGAAAUAUGGAUUGUGUAAUGGGAGCAGAAAUGCUCCCGUCAGAUCGUGUUCUUCAAAUGGAGGAGGAAGAAAAACGCGAACAAGAAGAAGUGAAAAAACAUCGUGAACCACCAAUUGUCUUUAAAGAUCUCAUAAAUGUUGAAGAAGAAUUUGAAUUAUUAGAGAAAAUUCUCGAUGGAAAAUUGAAUGACAAUGAGAAAACAAAUCUUAAAGAGUUACAUCAAUAUGUAAUGGAAAAUGAAGGCUCUUGGGCGUUGGGUGAUAAUUUUCUCAAUUUUGUUGGUCGAAUUCUUUAUGACAAAUCAUUGGAAACUGCAGCGAGAACUAAACUUCUCAAUAUUUUGUCUGUUGCUGCUUUAAAGGAUGAUGUGAUUUUACUUUUGCAUCAGGACCGAAGAGAGCACACUAUUAUGAAUUAUGCAUUUGAUAUUGAUCGUCAUCCAGCGGAAGAGCAAUUACCACUUGCACAAUUUUUAGCAAACAUGUUUGAAAAUCUGAGCAGUUCGGAAUGGCUUCUUUAUAUAUCUGAAUGGCAGCACCAGAAUCAAAAUAUCAGCAACAUCAGGGUAACAACGAAAGUAGCAGUGCAUUCGUUACUCUCAGAGUCUCUGGAAAUGCAAGCAAGGGGAACGGCAAUUAUUCACAAUUUAGCCUGCAAGGAGAAAAUGCACAAAAACAAAACACUCCGGCAACUUUUACCAAAAGGCAGCAUUUCGAAGGUAUUUGAUGACGUUGCCGUCGAGUUAACAAUGGCUCUUCUUCAAUUUUUCAAUGGCAAUCCAAACGAGGAGCAACUUUAUGCCUGCAUGAAGGCACUCUCUCGUUUUACGCAAAUUAGCGGUCAGGAAGUGCCACAACUGAUACAAAUGAUUGGUCCAGAACCAAAUAAAUUUCGUGGUGCCUCACAAAGGGUGGAUCUAUUGAUUGAUCAAAUCAAUAAAAAAUUACGUUAAAUCGAAUACACCAAAGAAGAUCCGAAUUGUUUUUAUUUAAAACAUAAUUUUUUUUAUAAGUAUUUAUUAACAAUUGUAAUUAUUUUUUAAUAAUAUUCGUUAUUUUUA